UGAACCGGAAACAGCAGUUUAAUAUUCUAAUCUACAGUAUUCAGAUCCUCUUAUUGUUUUUGAACCAAUUUGUACACCAACGACAUGUCUUUCUGUCGUUUUUUUGGUGCUGAGACCUACAAGGAUCAUUUCAAACCAGGUAUGUAUGUGUGCUCGAACUGCAACCAUCCACUGUUCUCAAGUCGGUCCAAGUUCCCCCACUCGUCUCCGUGGCCCGCUUUCACCGAGACCAUCAGUGAGGACAGUGUGACCAAACUGAUGGAGACCCUGACAGCUUUCAAGGUUCUGUGUAGCAAGUGCGGCAACGGACUGGGCCACGAGUUUGUUAACGAAGGUCCGGAAGAGGGGAUGUCCCGAUUUUGAAUUUUCAGCCACACGCUCAAGUUUGUCCCAAGCAAAGGUGAGGAUAAGCAAUAAAGAGCAAGUUUUCUGAGUGCUUUACGUCUCCACCUGGAUGAGCGAGUGAUGCAGUCGGGAGAAAGCCCAAAAUAGGACAUCCGGUCUGCUGAAGUAUCUCAGACCACCUGGUGAUACAUGGCAUGGACAGUAUACGUACACAUAAUUCAUUAUAAUACAGCUUUAAUACUGAAAUACCUCAUAUCUAUCCAUCCAUCCAUCAAUUUUCUUCACCUCUUAUCCUCACG